UUUCUAACCUGACGGGAAAUAUCACAGCGUCUGUAUGAGAAGGACUUAAACUGUAAAACAACAACCAAAAUAAAUUGACAUAAUUGGUUUUGUCUUUCUAAAUCUUGUGUUAUCUCUAUACAUAUAAAAUCAGUAUAGUCAAAUAAAAAUAAAUAUUGGUGAUGGGGGAUGCUGUCAUGAACUAUAUCAUACUAAAAUCAGUAACAGUUGUUUAUCGCGUAGACGCUUAUGGAGUAUAAAGACAUUUUUUAAGACCAGUUAAAACUCAACUUCUCAAGGGAAUAGUUGCAAGCGUUAAUUUGGUUUUACAAUGAUUGUUAGAAUUAUACACACAGGAAUAUGCAUGGGAAUUAUGAGCGUUCUUUUAUGGAAAGACACAGGUAAUGGUUCUUCACCAUGCCUUAAUUGACCUGCAGGACCCAAUCUAUGGAGUCCUGUUUUGCUGCCUACUGGCUGUGUCUCUUGUACUUUACUUCGUAACUUGCUUCACUGACCCCGGAUAUGUACCUAAACAAAAGUUGAAAACAACAGGUGGACAGGACCAUUGCUUGGAGAUGGAGAGUGAUAUGUCAGAGGUAGAGACAUGCCUGACACAAGAUGCUCAACCCCUGGAUAAGCGUCACAGAUACAAAUACAGAUUUUGUGAUUACUGUGAAAUACAGCCGCCGCUACGCGCCAAGCACUGUGAGGACUGUCGACUCUGUGUGCGACGCUACGAUCACCAUUGUCCGUGGCUGGAGGCAUGCGUUGGGGAACGAAACCACAAGUACUUUUGGUGGUUCCUGCUUGUAACAGCGGUUCUCAUCGUGUGGACGUUUGUGAUAUUGUGGGACAGUUUUGUGACCAAAAAGAGUUGGACAGAAUGGUUUCAUACGAACCUGGUGCUAUUUUUAUUAGCAAUCAUCCUUGUCAUAAGCGGCCCCGUAGUUUUAGGGCUGCUUGCUUUCCACACAUACCUGAUGAUCAAUGGACAAACCACCUGGGAGGCUUCAUCGAGGGAAAGAAUCACGUAUUUAAAAUACCUGGAAAAUGAGUUCAAUCCAUUUGACGAAGGUUGCUUAUCAAAUAUUUAUUAUUUUAUGUGUUUUCAUAAAGUGAGACGCUGGGAGCAAGUAUAUGCUCAAAAAGCAAAGUUUACAGCUUCACAAGAUUGAAACUUUUUUAAUUUAAAAGGGCCACAAGAUUUUGAAGACUCAUAUUUAUGGGUUUACAGUAUAUUUUUUGAAUUGCUUACAUUUUAAUGCUUGGCGUUAAGAGUCAGAAUAAAUAACUGUAUUUGAAUAAUCUGUUUAUUUAUUCAACAAAUUGUAUUGUAACAGUGUAUUAUCACAUAAUACAAAUAGUUUUAUUACUGUCCUUCAUUGGUUUUAGAGCUGCUUAAUAAUAAUUAUGUUAAAUGCUUUAGUGUUUUUGCUUAUAAAAUCCUAAUUAAGUAAAUUUGCAGCAUUCACAAAGUUGUUCACAUGUCAUUGAAAGCUAUUAAUGAAAUGUUCACAUGACAAUAGAAAUAGAUUUCCACUUGUAACAAACGGAGGAAUAAAACGAUUAUUUUUCUUGU